CUUUAAAAUAUUUAUUACAAAUAUAAAUGAAGGAGUAAAUUUAGCUAUAAAACAAUGUUAGAAUAUUUAUCAUUAAUUCUGGCAUUAGUCGACUUCUGUAAAUAUUUUCUUUUUCGAUGAUAUAUUUAUUGUUCAUAUUUUUUCCAACCAGAAGCAGAUAUUUUUUCUACUUCACUUUUAUUUAAUUAUAUUGCCCCAGAACUAAAUUUCGGCAAGGUAUUGUUUCUUCUUAAACUGGUUUUCAGCUGUCCCCAUAUCACUUACUUCAAUUGCAAUAAUAUGGCCGAAGAAGAAGAGAGAAGAACUUUGAAUCCUCGCUCCAUGGUCAACUUCCAACUUCCAACUGCCAAUAACUACUUGUUUGUGCAGGAAUUUUCAAAAUAUAUCAUUUUCAAGCAAAAAAUUUUGAAUGACUUCUUUACUCGAUGAUGAAUUAGGUAUUUUUUCCGCUUGGGCAGAAUGGUAGCUGGCAUUGUCCAUCACGACAAAACUGUUUGAUAGAAUAUUGGGAAACAAUUUUUCAGAAAACCAUUUUUCAAAGAUGUCUGCUGCCAUGUUUUCGUGAUAGUCAACCUCUGCUUUUUUGACAUCUUUUGCAAAAAGCAACAAAGCGUUAUCUACCCAACCAGCUUUAGAGACCGCAUGUAAUACGAUAAUUCGUUUGCCCCGCGAAACUGGCACAUCCAAUGAACAUUUCCUGCUGUUACCAUUAGUCCAUCCUUUCUAAAUAUAUGUUGGGGACGUUUUUAGCACGAUUUUCUUGAAUUUCUCUCAAAUAUCUUGUUCCCCACUCCGAAAUUCUUUUUGAUUCCAUCAAAACUUGUCUCUUAUUGAUGGUUUUGUAAUAAAGACCAAUUCUUUGUACUAACGCACGCAAAGUCUCUUAGCAACAGUCAAUGUUCAAAACACUACGCAACCGUCUCACUAUUCCCGCAUGGUGUAUGUCAAGCAGACUUUUUAAGAUGAUCUUUUCUUUCGUGGAAACCAUUCACAACUAUGUCACGUACUCUGGCAUGCGGACGUUAAUUUUCAAGAUUUCACCAACCAAAAUGUUAACACUCUCCUUCUUUCUAUUCGGCACUAAUUUUCAGUAACAGCAGUAAUUUUGAAACCCCGUCUCCCCCGCCUCCUUACUUAAAACUUCUCUAACAGCUCUGGUCACGCCACUGGAAGAAAUUUAUUGUGAUGCUCACUGCUCCGUCCUUCGACCAUAUAGUCAAAUAUCCAGUCUUUCAACGCUUUGAACUUAGAAGCCGGCAACGGAACGCUCGAUUCAGAUUUCGCCACGGGCAUCGUCUCCGUCGUUCGGAAAGGGGUGGGGACUUUUGGAUGUUGGCCCCGGGUGUCCUCGGUACGAGCAGUGCGAUUCCGGCGCUGUGGUGUUUUUGUGGUGAUGCGGAGGAAUCCAUGUUCCGGAAAGGUUCGAUGUCGAUAAAAUAUCGAGCGGGAUUAGUCGUCGAAAUUUCCUCACAAUCAUUUUCGUUUACACCAAAUUGGAGUCGAAAAUAGAUAAGUGCGCCCCUGCGAUCCGCAAUGAAAAAAAAACGGCGGGCGUGCCCAAAACGCACCAAAACCAUCAUUUCCCAAGGUUCGAGAAACUAAACAAGCGAAUAUUGAUGGGCCAAAAACCCAACACCGGGGUUCCCAAAUUUUGCGAACUCAUGUACAUCUGGAGUACUAAUGCAGUCGGUUUGGAUUUGGACAGGUCAAAUAACGGCACUGAACACUCAAAAGACAAUAACAGUCAACUUCAUAACCGUGGCCACAAUAAGUGUAAAAAAAUGUCAAUGACUGAGGACAUGUUCCAGACACCCAGAUAUCUCUCUUGGCGGAAACUACAUUUGUCCAGGGCAAAACUGAAAGCCUCCAGUAAAACAUCUGCUCUGCUUUCUGGUUUUGCAAUGGUGGCAAUGGUCGAACUUCAAUUACAGACCCCAAGUACUAUUCCUGGACCAAUUUUAGUUGUAUUCGCGGUCAUAACCACACUUCUAGUAGCUGUACAUAUGUUAGCAUUAAUGAUAAGUACUUGCAUUCUUCCCAACAUUGAAACUGUGUGCAGUUUGGACUCAAUUAGUUUUGUUGAUGAAUCCCCACAUGAAAGGUUGCACUGGUACAUAGAAAUUGCGUGGGCCUUCUCUACAUUACUCGGUUUGUUACUUUUUUUAGCUGAAAUAGCGAUAAUAUGCUGGCUCAAGUUUUAUGACGUCAAUACGACAGCAGCGUGGUCGGCUUGUGUAGUAUUAGUGCCCAUUUUAUUUGUUUUUUUGGCGUUUGCCAUUCACUUCUAUAGGUCACUAGUAGCCCACAAAUAUGAAAUAAGUAUGAAGGAGCUGAAAAAAAUGAAUGAACAGAUUGGAGAUGUGACUGGCAAUAGACUGUUUGGAGAUGAACCGGUAGGAAAUAAUAUUCACAUUGUUUGAAGUGUUUCAUAUGCAAUGUAUUUAUUUUUUGCAAUGGGGCAAUGGAUGAAAGAUCUGGCAACAAAUUUUAUUUGACAUGGAGAGUGUUGGUUUUUUGAGGAAGGUUGAAAUUUUUGCUUAUUUGUUUUGACUUAACUUGUUUCUUCAGCUUUAAAGAAUCCUUGCCUAUUUAUUUUUUUAGUUGUAUUCCAUUUUGAUUACUUAACUUAGUUUGUAUUGAAUUUGUUUUGUUAUCUGGCCUAUAUGGUGAGAGAAAUUGCAUAGAUCUGAUUGAAUUUAGUCGUUAGUAUUAAUAUAUAGUUGACAAAUGGGCCUAUAUGAUGACUGAUAAAAUCAAAUCAUUGAAAGCAAUAUCAUAUACCGGUGUAAUUAUAAGGCUGUGGUUUUAAAAUGUACUUCUAAAGUUGUACUAUAACUUUGUAAUAGAUUUUGAUUUGUUUUCCCAGUGAUUAGUUUUUAUUACUGUUUAAGUAUAAAUAGUCAUGUGGAAUUUUUAUUUAUUUACCUUGCAAUAAAAUCUAUUUUAAUUAAUAAAA